AUGGGUAACGAAUAAAUUAAACCAAGCAUUGCUCAUUCAACUGAAUGGACAUUUAUCAGAGAAAUCAAAUAAAAUCCUUUAUUUGGACAUAUUAAGGUAUACAAAGGACCUUCCGAUUAAUUAUAAUUAUUAAAAACUGUUAUUGUUGAAGAAUCAUAAUAUAAAGAUCAAAUGGAUUCCCUCAAAAAAAUCAUUGUUAAGGAUGUCUUAUCAUAAAAUUAACCAAAUUGUUCUUCUUUAGUUUGUGUCAAUCGUUAAGAAACAUAAAAAAACAAGAAGAGUUCGGUUCUAAUUAUGUGAAAAUUUAUUUAACAGCCGAUUAUUCAGAUUAAUCAAUUCAAUAAAUUAAAGAUGUUAAAUUAUUUAUGUUAGAUAUAAUAUAAGCUUUAUAAGUAAUUGGAUUAGAAAGGUGUAAAUAAUUGUCAAUUUUGUUCUUCAAAAAUACCUUAAUUUGAAGAUAGAGUUAAAGUUGUUAAUACAUAAUUAUUUACAGAAAUUUCAGAUUAUGAAUAACUUUAUUUUAAUGAAGUUUCUAAAGAGGAUUGGAUGAUUGCACCUGAAGUAAUGCAUUCUUUAAAAAUUAAUUGUCCACCUACAUUUAAGAGUGAAUAGGCUGUUAUUUUUAAUUUUGGAAUCAUAAUAACUGGAGUACAUCCAAAAGAUGCAUAAAUCUAUGAUUAUAAAAAUUUAACACUUAAUGAUAAUUUAUCAUCUUACAUUCAUUCAAUUGAUUAAUUACAAAUACCAAGUAAAUAUAUUAAUAUAUUAUUUUAGAUCAUAUUAAACAAUUAAUCUAAGAUUAUAUUAACGUUAAAGCCACUCUAAGACCUACUUUUAAAUUAAUAAUUAAUUUAUUAUGA